GGGUCUAGCGGCGGAAGGAGCAUGGCGUGGAGACAGCUCAAAAAGCGGGCCCAGGAUGCUGUGGUCAUCCUGGGGGGUGGAGGACUUCUCUUCACUUCCUACCUCACAGCUAUGGGGGAUGAACAUUUCUACGCUGAACACUUGAUGCCGGCUAUGCAGAGGCUUCUGGACCCUGAGUCAGCCCACAGGCUGGCCGUUCGCAUCACCUCCCUGGGGCUCCUUCCUCAGGCCACGUUUCAAGACUCUGACAUGCUGGAAGUGAGAGUCCUGGGCCAUAAAUUCCGAAAUCCAGUUGGAAUUGCUGCAGGAUUUGAUAAGCAUGGGGAAGCUGUGGACGGACUUUACAAGAUGGGCUUCGGUUUUGUUGAGAUCGGCAGUGUGACUCCGAAACCUCAGGAAGGAAACCCCAGACCCAGAGUCUUCCGCCUCCCUGAGGACCAAGCUGUCAUUAACAGAUAUGGAUUUAACAGUCACGGACUCUCGGUGGUGGAACACAGGUUGCGGGCCAGACAGGAGAAACAGGCCAGGCUCACAGAAGAGGGGCUGCCACUGGGAAUAAAUCUGGGGAAGAAUAAGACCUCGGUGGACGCUGCUGCGGACUACGCGGAGGGGGUUCGCGUCCUGGGCCCCUUGGCUGACUACCUGGUAGUGAACGUGUCCAGUCCCAACACCGCUGGGCUGCGGAGCCUUCAGGGAAAGGCGGAGCUGCGCCACCUGCUGACCAAGGUGCUGCAGGAGAGGGACGCCCUGCAGGGAGCACGCAAGCCAGCCGUGCUGGUGAAGAUUGCACCCGACCUCACAGCCCAGGACAAGGAGGAUAUCGCCAAUGUGGUGAGAGAGUUGGGCAUCGAUGGAUUGAUUAUCACCAACACCACAGUGAGCCGCCCUGCCAGCCUCCAGGGUGCCCUGCGCUCUGAAAUAGGAGGGCUGAGUGGGAAGCCCCUCCGGGACUUAUCAACCCAAACCAUCCAGGAGAUGUAUGCACUCACCAAAGGCGGAGUCCCCAUCAUUGGGGUCGGCGGGGUCAGCAGUGGGCAGGACGCGCUGGAGAAGAUCCGGGCGGGGGCCUCCCUGGUGCAGCUGUACACGGCCCUCACCUACCACGGGCCGCCCGUGGUGGGCAGGGUCAAGCGGGAGCUGGAGGCCCUUUUGAAGGAGCAGGGUUUUACCAGAAUCACAGAUGCCAUUGGAGCAGAUCAUCGGAGGUGAGGACGUUGUUGGUGGCAAGCCUGAUCUGGAAUCUUCUAAAGCAGGCGGGCCUUUGUGGCUGAAUUGAGAGAGGAGAGCAACAUCCCCCAACCCACAAGAGCCCUUCCUCCAGCCCAGCUUUUGUCAAAGCCAAUCAUGAGUGUCACCGGAAUCAAUACAUGGCUUUCUUUAAUCGCUUGUCGGACCAUGAACCAUUCAUGAUUCUUUCUAGACUCAAAUCCCUUUAAUAGUGCAAGGACAUUAAAAUACUUGAGGGAAAAAUAAAGCCAUUUAAAACCUGGAUUUAAAUGCCAGCCCUUUCUGGAAGGCCCCCGGGCUUUGCCCCGAUGCUGCAGGUCCUCGCAGGCCUCUGCUGCCUGGGAUCUGCACCGGGCUCCCGACGAGCUUGACUCUCUUUCAUUCUGUCUUCACUUUUAUUUAUUUAAAGUUUUCACUUUAUUUUGAAAAUACUUCAAACAUAGACAAAGUCGCAAGAAUCGGGCUCGUGGGUGGCCAUCCUCUGUCUUCACAUCGUCUUC